CCUCUCCUCCCUUCCCUUUUAUUUUCCGCCCCCGGACCCCCCCACCCUUUCUAUUUAUUACUACCGUUGCUAUUAUUUAUUAAUGUGUCGUUAUUAGUAUCGCUAAUACCCGCCCCCGUUUCCUUUAGCCCUUUUUUUUGCCCUCUCCCUCAACGGGGGGUCGGUCGGGGGGCGCCGGGGAGAAGGAGGAGGAGGCGAGGCGGAGAAGCGCCUUCCCGGCCUAGCAGAGAUGCUGCCCUCCCGGCUGGCGCCCGCCUGCCUCCUCCUGGCUGCGCUGCUCUGCGGACGAGUCCGGGCUGCCCGAGUUAACAAGCACAAACCGUGGAUUGAAACAACUUACCAUGGCAUAGUUACAGAAAACGACAACACAGUACUGUUGGACCCCCCAUUAAUAGCACUGGAUAAGGAUGCACCUCUCCGUUUUGCAGAGAGUUUUGAGGUGACAGUCACCAAAGAAGGUGAGAUUUGUGGGUUUAAAAUCCAUGGCCAAAAUGUCCCUUUUGAAGCGGUGGUGGUGGAUAAAUCCACCGGGGAGGGGAUGAUCCGAUCCAAAGAGAAACUGGACUGUGAGCUGCAGAAGGACUACACGUUCACCAUCCAGGCCUAUGAUUGUGGGAAGGGCCCAGACGGAGCAAAUAUGAAGAAAUCCCACAAAGCAACGGUGCAUAUCCAGGUGAACGAUGUCAACGAGUAUGCCCCGGUGUUUAAAGAGAAGUCCUACAAAGCCGCCGUUAUUGAGGGCAAGAGGUAUGACAACAUCCUGAAAGUGGAAGCGGUGGAUGCCGACUGCUCUCCCCAGUUCAGUCAGAUCUGCAGCUAUGAAAUCGUCACACCAGAUGUUCCCUUUGCUAUUGACAAGGAUGGUUACAUUAAGAACACAGAGAAGUUGAACUAUGGCAAGGAGCACCAGUAUAAGCUCACCGUGACGGCCUAUGACUGCGGGAAGAAGAGAGCUGCCGAGGAUGUGCUGGUGAAGAUUAGCAUUAAACCUACAUGCAAGCCAGGCUGGCAAGGCUGGAGCAAAAGAAUGGAGUACGAACCUGGAACUGGCUCCCUCGCUCUCUUCCCCAACAUCCAUCUGGAGACAUGCGAUGAGCCCAUCACCUCAGUGCAGGCCACAGUUGAGCUGGAGACCAACCAUAUCGGGAAGGGCUGUGACCGAGAUACUUACUCUGAGAAAUCCCUUCACAGGCUCUGUGGUGCUUCCUCUGGCACGGCUGAGCUGCUUCCUCCUCCGAGCAGUACGGCAAACUGGACAAUAGGCCUUCCGACUGACAACGGCCAUGACAGCGACCAGGUUUUCGAGUUCAAUGGCACUCAAGCCGUGAAGGUCCCAGACAACGUUGUCACCGUCAACAUGAAAGAGCCUUUUGUGAUUUCGGUGUGGAUGAGGCAUGGGCCUGGGGCCAGGGAGAAGGAGACCAUCAUCUGCAACUCAGACAAGACAGAUAUGAACCGGCACCACUAUUCCCUCUAUGUGCACAAUUGCCGUCUCGGGUUCCUUUUUCGCCAAGAUCCUUCGGAGGGGCAGAGUUACAAACCAGCAGAAUUCCACUGGAAGCUGAACCAGGUGUGCGACAAGGAAUGGCAUCACUAUGUCCUCAAUGUUGAAUUUCCAGCAGUGACCCUGUACGUGGACGGAGUUUCCUUUGACCCUCUAUCAGUGACGGAAGACUACCCGCUUCAUCCCUCCAAAAUAGAAUCCCAGCUGGUGGUCGGAGCCUGCUGGCAAGAAUAUACAGGAAAUGAGAAUGACACAGAAAAAGCGACCGAGACCCCUGCAGGUGGAGAGCUCCGCAUGGCCCAGUUCUUCCGAGGCAACUUGGCCGGCUUAAUGAUCCGCUCUGGUAAACUGGAGAACAAGAAGGUGAUUGACUGCCUUUACACCUGCAAGGAAGGACUGGAUUUACAGACCUCAGACGGCGUCGGCAAAGGCCUGAAGAUCCACAUGAACCCGAGCCAGUCAGUGUUGAGCUUGGAAGGAGAUGACAUUGACCGGUUUGACAAGGCCAUGCAGCACAUAGCCUACCUAAACUCCCGCCAGUUCCCCACACCUGGGAUCCGGAGGAUCAAGAUCACAAGCACCGUGAAGUGUUCCAACGAUGAAGCCUGCAUCGCCAUCCCCUUUGUGGACGGCUACAUCAUGGUCCUGCAGCCUGAAGAGCCCAAGAUCAGCCUGAGUGGCAUCAACCACUUUGCCCGCUCGGCUUCAGAGUUCGAGAGCCCCGAAGGGGUGUCCCUCUUCCCUGAGCUUCGCAUCAUCAGCACCAUCACACGGGAGGUUGAGCCAGAGGGGGAGGGAGAUGAGGACCCCACAGUCCAAGAAUCACUGGUGUCUGAGGAGAUCAUGCACAACUUGGAUACCUGCGAGGUCACGGUGGUUGGUGAUGAGCUCAGCCAGGAGCAAGAGAGCUUGGAGGUUGACAUGGUCCGGCUGCAGCAGAAGGGGAUGGAGAUGAGCACUUCCAACCUGGGCAUGAUCAUUACCGGGGUUGAUACUAUGGCCAGCUAUGAGGAGGUUUUGCACUUGAUUCGCUACCGCAAUUGGCAUGCGGUGUCUCUGUUUGACCGCAAGUUCAAGCUGGUAUGUUCGGAGCUGAACGGGCGCUACGUCAGCAAUGAAUUUAAAGUGGAGGUGAACGUGAUCCACACUGCCAACCCCAUGGACCAUGCCAGCCACAUUGCAGCGCAGCCUCAGUUUGUCCAGCCCGUCCACCAUUCCUUUGUCGACCUCUCUGGCCACAACCUGGCUAGCAUUCACCCAGGAUUUUCAGUGGUCCCAAGCACUGCCACUGUUGUGAUUGUGGUCUGCGUCAGCUUCCUAGUAUUCAUGAUCAUCCUGGGUGUGUUCCGGAUCAGAGCUGCCCACCAGCGGACGAUGCGGGACCAGGAUUCUGGGAAGGAGAACGAGAUGGACUGGGACGACUCAGCCUUGACCAUUACUGUCAACCCCAUGGAGACAUACGAGGACCAGCACAGCAGUGAGGAGGAGGAGGAAGAGGAUGAGGAGGAAAGCGAGGAUGGGGAGGAGGAGGACGACAUCACCAGCGCAGAGUCCGAGAGCAGCGAUGAAGAGGAGGGGGAGCGGGAAGAGGACCAGCAGAACGUGAACAGGCAGCAGCAGCUAGAAUGGGAUGACUCCACGCUCACCUAUUGAUCCCAGCUCCUUCCACUGUUGUAUGUCUCUCUCUGUCUGUCUCUCUGUCUCUCUCCUUUGUUCUUCUGCCCUAGAAGACUCCGCGGCAAAACCACUCCAUCGCUCCUGAGAAUCCAUGGCGUGAAUAGAGUCGCUUGGGCCCCCAGGGCUGACCAACCCCCCCCCCCCCAACCCCCUGUCCUGGUGUCCUGUCUCUUCUUUCCUGGCUAAUCUUGCCAGUCAAAAUCUCGCACCUCUAGAAAUUUAUUUAGUACCUAUUUCUCCCUCGCCUCACAAUGACUGGAUUAUUUUUUUUU